AUGGCUGCCGUCCUAGGACCCUGUCCCGAUGACCCGGACGCUGGCAUCACCCACACCACGACAGCCGAAGCUAGAUUUGCAGAAGGAAGGGCCCGCCGCGAACUCAUCAGCCAGAUCAUUCGCGCCAACUACAUCGGGCCCCAAAGGAGCUUGUUAGGCUCCCUCAACGAAUUCCGUCACUGGUCCCCGCAGGAGGUGAGAAAUCUAUUCGAGCAGAACCUGCCGCCCAUCAAGGAAGGAGAUGCAGAGGGGCGCAGAAAACUGUACCCUCUAGGACCACUGUAUCGUUCCAUUCCUAGCGAUUCUAGAAGAUGGAAAGACUUGGCCACCAAAGCCGCCAUGGUGGGCGUGGUGGAUGCUUUUGCGGUACCCUUCUCCCCGCUCCUCUUGUUGGCAUCGAAAGAGCAACGGAAGAAAACGAUGCAAAUCUAUGCCGAUCUCAACGUCAGUGCAAUCUCGUCAUCGUUCUUCGUCAAGGCCAGCCCUGGCCUGUUGGAACAGGCAGCGCAGUCUGGGAAAGCCCUAUGCGUCAACCGCUGGGGCAUAUUUCGGAUCAUGGACUCGGGGUAUGCCGCCAUCUCACACGUCUGGGUCGAGACGAUGGGAUUGGAGUAUAACGACGAGAAAACUGAGCAGGAUGAGCGCGGGUUCAAUAUGCACCAUUUCAUUCGGAUCAUGGACGUGGUGCGCCGGACUGGGUGCGAGUGGGUCUGGUUCGACCUGCUCGCGAUCCCGAAAGGCCGCGACCCAGCUUCUAGGGCGCUGAAAACGAGGCUCAUCAACAGCCUCCGCCAUGUCUAUGCCAACGCCGCCAGGAUCGUCGUGCUAGACGGUCUCACGCUGCAACUCAACUCCGGCGACCCGCUCAUCACAGCCGCCAUAUUGUCGUGUGGUCGGUGGCUUUCACGAGUCUGGACAUACCAGGAAGCCAAGCUCGCCCGCGAGCUCAAGAUCGUCACGGCCACGGCCGUCAUCGACCUCAAAGACAUGGUCGGCGCUCUGCGGGCCGCCGAGCUGCGCGACUACAACCGCUGGCACCAACUGUAUUUGACCUUUGCCCGGCUUAUGCCGCUACACGAACAGGGCAUUUCGCUGGCUGACAUCGCCUUGAGUUGCGGCAACCGGUCGUGCGAGAACGAGAUUGACUAUGCGCGCGGCUUCUUCGCCGUACUCGGCCUCGAGUGGAAACAAGACUUUACGUACGAGGACGGCAUGCUCGCGAUUCUGCAGUCGCAACCGCAACACGCCGCCAGCAUCGCCGGCAUGCAUGGCCCUCGCGGCCUGCCGAGCCCUUAUUCCUGGGCGCCCAAGUACCUGGCCCGGCUGCAAGGGCGCAUCUACGACGGCUUUGAUGUGCAGCUGGGCACGUUGAUCGGCUACUGGCACACUGUCACCGUCAAACAGCUCAAGAAGAGGUUUGUGCCAGAGUCGUUCCCAGGCGUCGUAUGCGAUCUGGUCGUGGCCGACAAUCCCGACGCACCCAUGGAAGCAAGAGCAGAAGCGGAGAUCCAAAUCCGAUUCUACCCAGAACAUUGGACGGACCAGCUCGAAGCGUGGCUCGAGGAAGCCAUCCCCAGCGGUAAAGCCCGUCUCCUUUGCGGCGAGCACAUGAACGUGGACCCAUGCGAGUCCGACCAGUACGCCCGCAUCGUCCUGGCUGCCAUAUCCACCGUCGGCGCGGUCGCAGAUCUCAACUUGGACGACUGGGGCGCCGUCGCCGGAAGUGCCGUGGUUAAUUGUCCGAGCAUAGGCGCCGUCCGAGAUACAAAGAUGCGUUGGUUGUUCCUGGAUUGA